UGCUUGGAUGAGGCAGAGCGCACUUGACUGUGUUGACACCGGGCGGAUAUGCAUAUGCGGCGAUGCCCUUGCACAUGAAAGCGUUUGCAGCCGUAUCUAAGCAGCGACGGAGAGAUUUCGCCUCGGAGGAGAGCCCGACGCGCGCAGGAGGAGCCACCAGCAUCAGCAAGAAGAAGAAAAAGAAGAAAAAACAACCCACAUCUGGGCAUUUUUGGUCUGCUUUCUGGUGGCAGCGGCCCCUGGAUUCUCCGAGGGAGCCGCGGGCUGGAUUUGACAUGUCGCAGGAAUGUGCUGACAGCUUGAUAAUGACAGGAGGAAGAGGCAGAGAAAAGAGGAGCUCAUUCUUUCUGGUCCAGGAUAGGUUUUAAUUGGACCUUGCCAAAACAAGGUGAUGGCAGUGCUGACUGAACUUCACCACCACUACUACCCAUUCCCACUGAUGAAUGUCUGCCUGCUGCAGGCCUGAGCCUGCACUCUGGGCUGCCUCCUUCCCUCCUUCUCCUUGUGCUUCUCCUUGCUCAUUUCACACCUCUCCCUUAACUUUCCUCAUCCGGCCCCAUCUCUCCUCCCAUCUUUCCAUCCACUUUCCCCGCCUGGUAUUGCACUGUACCUCUACAGUCUUCUUUAUAAUGGCUUGCUGUGGGCGCUCUCUGGACUCCCCAUGCACACUGGCGUUGUUAGUAGGCUUCCAGUUCGCCUUCGUGCUUUACUUCUCCCUUGGGGGCUUCAGAGGCCUGGUGUCUGUCCUGGUGCACAGCACUGAGCCCGAGUUUGAUUAUUCUCGACCUCACGACGUCUACACCAACCUCAGUCAAUUAGGAGUUCCGCCUCCCCCGCCUCGCAACUCGGGCAGUGGCGUUCCUGCCACCGGACAGCCACUGAAAGACUGCCCCAUCCCUUCCCCCUUGUUGGUUGGACCCGUCUCCGUCCAUCUUGCCUCUCCUCUGUCUAUGGAGGAGAUCAAACGAAGGAACCCUUUAGUGUCUCCCGGUGGGCGCUACCGGCCUCCAGACUGCGAGCCCCGCCACCACACGGCAAUAGUGGUACCGUACCGCAACCGACAGACCCAUCUACGGGCUCUACUCUACCACCUCCACCCAUUCCUGCAGAGACAGCAGAUCCACUACAGCAUCUACAUUGUACACCAGUGGGGGAACAGCACUUUUAACCGCGCCAAGCUGCUGAACGUCGGGGUGCGCGAGGCGCUCAGAGACGAAGACUGGAGCUGCAUCUUCCUCCACGACGUGGACUUGCUGCCUGAGAACGACCACAACACCUACACCUGCCACAAACAGUUCCCCACACAUAUGUCUGUGGCCAUGGACAAGUUCAGAUACAGGCUGCCGUACCCUCAGUAUUUUGGUGGGGUGUCCGCGGUGACCCCAGACCAGUACAUGAAGAUGAACGGCUUCCCUAACCAGUACUGGGGCUGGGGCGGCGAGGAUGAUGACAUCGCUGCGAGAGUGCGGCUGUCUGGCAUGAAGAUUGUGCGCCCUCCGGUGGCCAUCGGUCAUUACAAGAUGAUCAAGCAUAAAGGAGACAGAGGCAAUGAGCAAAACCCACGCAGAUUUGACCUCCUGAAAAGGACCAGACUCAACUGGCGCUCCGAUGGCCUCAGCUCACUGACCUAUCAGCUGCUCUCCAAAGAGCUGGAACCGCUCUACACACCGCUCUACACCAACCUGACCGUCAACAUCGGAGACGAACUCCAUCUGCACCAGGGAAAAGCCCCCGUUCUUGUGAAAACAACCCCUGUCCAGCAACACAGCACCAGCAAGAUCAGAGACACAGCUGAACAAGAAAAGAGACUAGAAGGGAGUUCAACAACAAACAGCACUGUGGCUAAACUGGCACGUGUAAAGACAGAACCCUCCCAGGCAAAAAGAACAAAUCAGACCACGCAGAGGAAAGUAGGAGUGCUGAAGUAAGGAGAGGUACAUGACAUAGGAAGUGUCACAUCUGUAGCAUGAAGUGGCUCAGCCCUGCAUGGAAGACGAAGCGGAGGAAAGCGGCAUAGACCUGUUAUUUUAUAAGUACAUAUUGUAUACACUAGAUCAGAAGACAAAGCUGCUCUGGUCUGUAGGGGGUGCAUUCAGGAACACGACCGAGUUCCCUCUUGGCUUAUUGUGAAUGUGACUGACACAAAUCUGUGUUUACCUCCUAACACUCGACUAGAAGCAGAGUCAAGAACAACUCGGUCAUGAAGAGAGGGAGGUCCAAAACAAACUCACACAAGAAAGAGAAAGAGACAGCAAAUAUAAAGAGUUUUGCAGUCACAUGCUGCGAGUUGCAAGGACUCCCUCUGCAGAGCUGCGUCUCCAUGCAGGUUACCCCCCUACCCUCACCAAGGAAAAAAACGAAACAAGAAACUUGCUGCUGUCUGUCCACCUCACUCUAUGAUGGGUUUGUGUUUCUGUGCCUUCUCUCUUUUAUGCGCAUUUUAUAGGAGGGUGUAGUUGCUUUUAGAUGCUGACUUGGGGAAAGUUUUCCCUCUUUUGCUACGUGGGAAAAAAUUAGCAAGUUGGCAGGGAAAAGCAGAUUCUGGAUAAGUACAGUUGGUUUGUUCCUGGACUGCUGUUUUAUAAUUGUAUGCAUUGAUCAAUCGUUGCCCCAGCUCCGUAGUUAUUGGACAACUCUAGAGUUUAUAUUUCUAAAGAAAGACUUCCUUAUUUGUGUACUGGUUUGCUUUACUGUCCUCCAUUACAGUCUGGUGCCUCUCUCGCUGACAUUUAGUUUAUAGACAAUCAGAUUAUAUCAGACAAUAAAUUCUGCAUCCAAAUACAUUUAAAAAUUCACUUUCUUUGCACCUGUCAGAUAAACAUAGACUCAGCAUGAUAUUUGUUGUCUGGUUUACUCUUGAUAGAUGAAUAGACCUCUGUUCCUUAUAUUAUCUGGAGUUUUAUUAUUUUCACUUUGUUAAUUUUAGAUAAGUCAGGUAUGUAAAAAAGAAAAGCUAACUUGCAGACAACAUUGCAGGCAAGUGACCCCACAUUUGCCAGUUUCAGGUGGUGUUUUGAUAUAUAAAGUGGUCAUGUUUCCAACAAAUCACUGUGCAUAGGUUUGGGUUGACUUUCAUGUCGAUGGCCUCGGAGCCUCGUGGAGCUACGACUGAGUGUUUGCGUCUUCUCGCGCCUCUUCAUUCGCUGCAGCGGCUUGUCUGUGUGACGAGGGGAAGCAAACGUGUCAGAUGGAAACGUGUUGCUUUAGAUAGGAGUCUGUGGGCUGCAUAUUCAGGACAUGCAUGUAGGUCACUUAUGUCGAUUGAACCUUCUUUCAUUUUCAUUGCUAUCAACCUAUCUGCAGUGUACUAUUGAAAGUGUGCAGCCUAGUUUUCGUGUCGGGAAGGAAGAGUUCAUCGGAUGACUGUGGUCAUCUUAGUGGACGGGGGCUUGAAUCUGAUCAGUCUUAGGCGAAAGGUUUUCUCGCUGCUAUUUUAAACUGUACAGCUAAAUAUAGCUUCAGAUGAUGUACUGUAACACUCGGUGUGGACUUUUGUAAUCACACUAACAGUUAAUGUAUGAGUUAACCCAAUUUGAAUGUAUUUAAUUUAAUGAUGUAUUUAUGGUGUCACCAAUAGAGUGAGUUUCACAAGAUAGAGCACUCCUUUUUUUGUUGUUUUUCUUUUAAAACAUAAAUCUACAUUUCUCGUGUUAACAUUGUGCCUCAUGAUGGAAGCCUGUAUCAGUGGAGGACGGAGGGUUUGCUGCAGGGUUAGUCGCGAGCAGCCUCAAGUGCGGACCGAAUGAAACUGCAGUGCUGUGACAUGAAUGUUGAUCAUUAACGUUCACCAAUCACAGGUUUCAACCGCUCAGAUUACGUGCAAUGCUCUGUGAAGAGGGUUUCUCAUUUAUGUAUUAUCCAGAAAGCUUCAAUGAGAAGAAUUUAUUCACUUAUACUAACAUAAACUACAUGGUAUAGUAUCUUAUGAAUGGAUAUGGUUUUAAAGAAGCGAUCGGUGUUUAUUGUAAAGUAUCGUUUAAAACAAAGAGCAAUGUUCAAACAGAGAUGAGAGAGGUGAGAUGAGAAAGCCUAAUUUCUUAGCUUUAUGCAACAUGAUUAUUUAAUUAUUUACAAACAGAUAUCCUCCACUUAUCAUAUUGCCUGAGACAAAUCCUAUAUGACAUGUAACAGUGACACAGUGGAAGCUUUUAAGAACAUUAUAUAAUCUCAAAAGAUUAAUCAGCGAACUGUGUGCUUACCCAGAGAUUGUUCUAUAUUUAAUAAAUAAAUAGAUUAGUUUUCAUGAGAAUGUUGUGCAUAUAAUGUGUAGUUGAAUACAAAGUCCGUAAGAAGGAUUGGGAUUAUAAAGAAAGUUUAUGAUUGUGAUUUUAUUUUUAUUUAAAGAGUAUUUGAAGAUUUUCUGUUAUAAAUAACACUCUUUUUAGAGGUGUGUAUGCCAAGGAUGGAAAAAAACCAGCUGGCAAACGAGAGCAUAAUAAUACAUCACGGAUGAAGAUGUUGAUUCCUGUCAUUUUGGUUUCUUGGCUGCCUUAUUCACUGAGCUUCUCUUAAAGUGUGUGUGUGCGUGUGUGUGUGUGUGUGUGUGUGUGUGUGUGU